AUGUCAGCAGCAAAGGAUGAAGAAUCUCUUUUGACAGAGAAGUCUUUUCAGCUUUCUCUUUCACCACCAAGAUCUGCCCCAAUCGACACGGCACAUCGGGCCGUCAUUACCGAUCGCAACCCAGCGUCCAAGGGUUACAUUGGCGAUCAUCACCUCGAUCAUGCUCAUUCAGACUACAAUCUUCACAGUGGGCUACGAGAGCGGCUGAUGCACUUGGUUUAUAACGCUGAUCUUCACGACAUACCACAUCCUCAUCUUGCGGUGGAUUCCCCAGACGGCGCCACCCGAUUUCUGGGAUCCGUCUUGCCCUUGGAAUGGCAGAACAGUCUACGGGAUAGUGGCGGUUUCCGCCGAAUUUCGGAUGAUUUAGUGCAAUAUGGCAUCCCUCUCGCUGCCAUUACAAACCCCAGUGCCGCCCGAACCAUGCUCCAGCUGACAAAUCGAGUGAAGAAGAUGAGAUAUGGUCAGCAUCCAUCUCAAUUCAUUGAUUUGAUGUUUCCUGAGGGCGUUGCGGAGGACAACCUUGCUGGGAUGCUUUUUUUCGUCCAUGGGGGUGCUUGGGGAAGUGGAAAGACUUGGUUCUAUAGGCUUACUGCAGUUCCCUUUUUGAAACAAAAAGUAGCAGUCGCUAUUGUAGGCUACCGUGUGUACCCUGAAGGAGAUAUCAAUGUUCAAGUACGUGACACAGGCUUGGCAUAUCAGAAGCUCUGCAAGGAGUACCCUCGUUUGUGUGGACCGUCGCGGGCAUCACGGCCAAUCGGUCUGAUUCUUAUGGGUCACUCCAGUGGGGCACAUGUUGCACUUCUCUUUCUCAUUGAACUAAUCAAAAGGACAAUCCUGAUGCGUGAACAUGCUGGCGAGUGUACUACAGAACAAAACAUGAAUGACAGCAAUGCCAAGCCUGUGGAUCAAUUUGUUGGAUUGUCAGGGCCCUACGAUAUAAGCCAUCACUUUGACUAUGAAGCUGCCCGUGGAGUGGAAGAGUUAAGUCCGCUCAAACCAGCUUGUGGUUACACACGAGAGCAGUUUCGGCUGAAUAGUCCAGCAUGGAGACUGAAGGACUUCUUGUCAUCAAUUCCUCCUGGCAAACAAGAUCUGUUGCCCGAAAUAUACUUUCCAAGGACCCUUCUUGUCCAUGGUAUUGAAGAUGAAGUAGUUCCAUUCACGUCAACAUCGGAAGCAGCUCGAAUCUUGCGUUCUUGUGGACUUCCUUCCAUCGAGGAGCAUUAUGCUCCAAAAACAGGUCACCAAGAUGUCAUUGUCCAAUUCAUGCUUGGAGGAAAGGUGCCCAUAGCCGUCAUGGAUUGGCUGGGGAAAGCGUCUUCACCUCAAAGUAGUCUAAUACGAUCUAAACUCUAG